AUGCAGGCCAACUUUGAAGUGAGGGAGCGGGGUCCUGCCCUGGGCCUGCCUCUCGUCGCUGAUGGACUCCGUCACAUUCUCCCCACUGCCCAGAGAGACAGUUUGAAGUGGCUGAAAGAGAAAGAGAGAAGAAGAGAGAAGAGAAGACUGACCAAUAGAAGGUCAAGGAGAGCUCUCUAUUUCCUUGGAAGUAUUAGCUAAGCAAAACUCUGUGAUGGUUGAGGAUAAAGGAGUUAGGAGAGAAUGAGGUCGGGGGUGAAGGGCGAUGGGAGUUCUGGUAAAAAAGGUUUCGAUACAAUGAGAUAGUUAAUUGAGUAAAGCCAGACAGCGUUGUCAAUCACUUAACUUUGUUUAGCCUCGCUUUUUUAUUAUUUUUUAAGAGCAGUUUAGUUCAGCGUAGAAUGGAAUGGACACGGUAGAGUAAUUUCCUUGCUCUUUUUAGUUGUGUUUUCUCACGGAAAGAGCAAAAUAAAAAUAUCUGCUUUUUUUUCCGCAUCAGUAUUUGUGCAUCUCAAUUAGACCUGAACAUUCUCUCAGCACUAUGAGAUAAGCUUAAUAAAAUACAAAAAAUAUCAGAAUGUUAAAAUAAAGAAACCAGGACAGACAGACUAACCAGUAAAGGGAGAAACAGAAAGAAAGAUACAUCACAGCCUAGAGAAUUUGUUAUGGAAAAGAAAAGAAACUGAGGAAUGCGACGGUGGUUGAACUCUCUGGCCGUUCACUGCCUAUGAAGUUUUGUGGAGGGGUGAUGUUGGCCUGUAAAGGGGUCAGUAGCCCACCUCCACUCCCCUCCUGCCCCCCCCCACCCCCUUUACGGCAGUACAUGGGGCUGUAGUUUGGCAGGGUCAGAGGGCGACUUAGGGUCACUGCCUGUUAAAACAAUCUCCACGUCAGGAAGAGAGGGUUAGAAUAAUAUUUAGUUCACCAUGACAGCUAAUGGACUCCCGUUCCAUUCCUCUGGGCUAUAGAACAUAUUACAUAGACAUCCAAUAUUAUAGGAACCUUGUAUGUUUUUUUUAAUAUUAUUGCAUGGAUGUGUAAAGCUAAAGUUAUUUGGAAUGAUGCUGGUGGUUGCUUGGUGUGAGACUGUGAGAGUAGGCCCACUAGGCAGAUUAUGCACCUGGGGAGUGGGUGACUUGGGCGGCUGGGCUGGUUUGGGUCAGUGCUGGAGGGGAGCGUGUGGCAGACUGGCCUGUUCAUGUGGCCCUGCAUGGGUGCUGUGCCGCUGCUUUGUCCCUUCUCUGGGGGUGGCAAUGCCACCGUGAAACUGUCACCUCAUUCCACCCCACUGGAACUAAAUAAUAAGAUGCCCCACACUGGGUCCACAUAAUGCCCUGUUUGGGGCUUUUUGUCACUUCAGCUAUAUUAGAGAGUGAUACAUCUGUUUAACGUCAUAUCGCUGACUCUCUUUGUGUGUGAUCUCUGCAGCCCGCUCUCUCUCUCUCUCUCUCUCUCUCUCUCUCUCUCUCUCUCUCUCUCUCUCUCUCUCUCUCUCUCUCUCUUCUCUCUCUCGCCCUCCAUCCCUGCUCAAUCCCUCCUCCUUCCUCCCUCCCUCCCUCAUUCCCAGGCAGCUGCAACAGACUCCUGGGGGCUCCUUAGCAAGUCAAGUGAGAGCCAGGCCCCACUCCCCUCUUCCUCCCCAUCCUCCCCUCUUCCUCCUCCUUUUCUCCCCACACUGUUAACUCCAGCUGGGGCCAUAAGCUGUCAGUUAACCAUUAUACCCUGUGUGCAUCUGCUGGGUCCAGCCCUAGCUUUUCCCUGUCACGCCUCCAUGGCGUUGAUGUACUGUUUUAUUCAGUGAGUCGGCCAGCCAGUCCUGCUCUCUGAAAGGGCCAGAUCUACUUCCCUGGGCAAAUAACUAGUUAAUUUGUCUCUUCUGCCUUUUGUUUUGGGUGCAGGGGAACACAUGUCAGCAGCUCAAUUACCCUCUCUAUUAAGAGCCCCUAGAGGAAGGGCCGCCCGGCCCUACGACCAGCCCCGUCAUAAACAGCCCCAUAUGGCCCUCUCUCUAAACCCUUUCUCUCUGUUUAGUCUUCUCUCUCUUUUUCUGUAGCUUUCUGUCUCUUUCUGGAUUAUCUCUCUCUCUUCUCUCUGGCUCAGUCCUUCUGUCUCUUUCUGGAUUAUCUCUCCCUCUUCUCUCUGGCUCAGUCCUUCUGUCUCUUUCUGGAUUAUCUCUCCCUCUUCUCUCUGGCUCAGUCCUUCUGUCUCUUUCUGGUUAUCUCUCUCUCUUCUCUCUGGCUCAGUCCUUCUGUCUCUUUCUGGAUUAUCUCUCUCUCUUCUCUCUGGCUCAGUCCUUCUGUCUCUUUCUGGAUUAUCUCUCUCUCUUCUCUCUGGCUCAGUCCUUCUGUCUCUUUCUGGAUUAUCUCUCUCUCUUCUCUCUUGCUCAGUCCUUCUGUCUCUUUCUGGAUUAUCUCUCUCUCUUCUCUCUGGCUCAGUCCUCUGUCUCUUUCUCCAUCUCUUUUCUCUUUCUCCAUCAGUCUCCCUCAUUCUGCCUCUUUUUCUCCCUCUCUUUCUCUCAUUCUACGUCUUUAUGCUGAGAUUGCAAAAUCAGAGCGUGUGUGUGUGUGUGUGUGUGUGUGUGUAUAUUGGCGACAGUGUGUUUGUGUGUGUGUAUAUUGGCGACUCUGUGUGCGUGUGUGUUUGUGUGUGUGUUUGUUUGUUUGUGUGUGUGUGCAUGUGUAUUGGAGAGUCGUGACUCUCUCUGUGUGUGUGUGUGUGUGUGUGUCAGCCACUAUGUGUGUGUAUGAUGUGUCUCCUCGUGUUAACAUCUCAGAGUAGGGUGGAGAGGGAAUGCUUGCCAGGGUGUGUCUUGGCCACUGGACUCUACACAGUCAACAAGCCCAGUCAGUCCCUAUUUGAGGUCUGGUCUGUGUGGAGCUUUUCCUCUACUGUUAAAUACAGUUCUGCUAGAGGUGAUCGUAAUGGACAGCGACAGUCUGUGUGUGUGUGCCAUGCCUGUCUGCUCCCUGGAUCCAUAAACCAUUUAGUUUAGUUAAGGUUUGUGUGUGUGCUUUUGGCAAUGUCUGUCCUCUGUGAAUCGUUGUGGUUGUGUGUGUGUGUGUGUGUGUGCGCACGUGUGUUAGCGCGGGUUUCUGUGUGAACAGCAUAUACAUUUUUGUAUUUUUUUUUAACCUUUAUUUAAGAAGAGAGUCAUGCUGAGACCACGGUCUCUUCCGCAGAUGAGCCCUGUAUACACAUCAAUACACAACAAUUACACUAUACAUAUCUACAUACACAUGAAUUACACAAUACAUGAAAAGCAAACACAAAACUCGAAAAGCAAAACACAAUGAUAUGAAACAAACACAUUCUUCAGUUAAAAAGGCCCUCUGACAUCCGUCUGAAUUGCCCACCUAAAGGCACCAACUCCACAAACUUUAAGGACUUUUGGAGAUGAUUCUACAUGAGCGGAGCAAAAAAAAAUACAAGCAGACUCAGUGGAGAUUGAAGGGAUCUCCAGGGUUAGCCAUCCCUGAGUCCAGGUCUGGUAACUUAUAUGUCUGAAGGUUAACAAAGAAGUAAGGUAUGGCGGAAGUUUAUGCAAGAGGGCUUUAUAGACAAUGCAUCGAUCUACGAGACUAAUUAUUUAAAAGCUCAGACACACCGGUAGGAUUGUCAAACGUUUGCCUGCCGACAGUACUUAGCACCUCUGAACAGUGUCGGCAGUCAAUCUCUUUUGUGUUCACACAGCAAAGACCUUGAAGUCGUAAGCCACACAGCCUUGUUAAAAUACUCCAAACCAGAAGGUGGCAUUAGCGUUGUUUGGCAAUGCAUGUCCGAAUGUGUUGCUUAGUGUAUGGUCUAGAUUCCAACGUUAACUAGCUAGCUAGCUUCGCUAAUGUUACUAUUUUGUAGAAAGCACUUGAUGGCCACAGCUAGAUAACUACCUAGCAAGAUGACGAAUAAACAAUUUAAUUCACUCACCAUAAUCCCAUACUGCCAGUGCCAGCCCAUAGCCAAAUGUUUAAAUAUCUAGCUAAUGUUAGCAUAUUCGCUAGCUGGCACAACAUAGCUAGUUAGCUAAGGACACUGCACUAACUCGGCAGCCAACAUAGGCAGCUGUUUCAUGGAAACUAAUCCAUUGUGAUUUAAUAAUUAUGUCAAUACUAGCUACAGUGGUUAGCUAGCUUGGAGGAAGUAUUUAAUGUUGUGUGCAUUGCGUAUGUUCACUUAGCUAGUGCCCAUCCCAUAGCCUAAAUUACAUAAUAAUUGUGACUGGCUCAUGCCCUCUUUUUUCCUUUUUUGUUGUCGCUCCUGUUGACUCCCUCACGUGGGGGUUCAUGCUCUCUGAUUGGCUCAAAGUCAAGUUGUUGGCCACUGACAAGCAUUGCGAUUCUACAAGUAGAAAUGUCAGGUUCGUCGCUACCAGUUCGGGACGCAGCAGGUACUGCUUUUGUUCUAGCAAAAGAAGGAAUAGCCUCCCACUGUGAUAAGUACCUAUUGGCAGUCUAUCGGCAGUGAGAUUCUCUGUGUAUUUCAUGCUUAAGAGGGAAGCAUUGUCCAACACAAACUACCUGUUGAAAUCUAUAUAUCUAUCUAUCCUUACUGUGUCACUCUGUCAACCUUAUUCAAUGUAUCCUUUAUCUACUGGCCUUACACGUCCUGGUCCUGUUUUGUUAAUGUCUAUUUUAGUGGGUAAUUCUGCAGCAAAACCAAUUCCCCCCUCAGGGAUAAUAAUCCAUUUUCCCAUUUAGAUUAUUGUCAGAGUCACAGCCAAACUAUGGAGUAUUUUGUAUUUUCAGCACCCUGGCGCUUUAGCUUCAGCGUAACAUUUGAUUUGGGUGUUUAAGUGAGGAGGUCGAGGCCUCCCUUUGUGUGUUCAGUAUCCUCUUCUCCCGUUUGUUGAUGGGAAUGUGUGGGAACCCUGGUGCUCUGGGUUCCUGCGCCUGCGUCGGCGUUCCCCUCUCGUUUUGAUCCGCCACGGCAUCGGAACGUGGUUGGCAUUCUCAAAUUCAAAUGCGGGCGGUUGUGGCGAUGGGGGGAUGUUGGUGUAGAGAGAGAGAGAGUAAGUAAGGAGAAAGAGGGAAGUGAAGUGAUGGAAAUGGACGUGAUGGAAGGGACAGUUUUAAGAAUGAGUGGAGCAGAGUAGAGAGCAACCAUACAUUUACUUCCUCUCUCGCUCCUCGCUCUCGCUCUCUCUCUCUCUCUCUCUCUCCUCUCUCUCCUCUCUCCUCCUCUCUCCCUCUCUCUCUCUCUCUCUCUCCUCCUCUCUCCCUCUCUCUCUCUCUCCUCUCUCUCUCUCUCUCUCUCUCUCUCUCUCCUCUCUCUCGUUCCCUCCGUAGCACCCCUUCACCUCUGUCUAUCUUCUCCAGGUGCAUUCAGGUCCCCUCUCAGUUACCACCACCCCCCUCAUCCUCUCAACUCCACAACCCCUAUGCCCCCACCAACCCCCAUGCCCCUCUGGCUAUAGAUGGAAGGUGGGAGGGAUUGGGGGGGGGGGCGCUCCCCUGCUGUGCCCCUCCACAGCCCCCAGUGGCCCCUCUCUGGCCCUCUUUGUGCCCCCACCACCCCCCUCGCCUCCCUCACCCAUCCAGCCCCCCAUUCCCCCACUCCCCUGCUGGGCAGGUGACAGGGCCCUGAAUGCAGGCUGGGGCAGCCCUGAUGGAUCCUACAGAUGGAGCGUGGAAAUCAGCCCAAUAGAGCCCUGCCACAGGCCUUUCCCCUCCGCCAUACAAAGGAACCCGGGCCACAUCACACCCAAAGAGAGAGAUGGAGAGAAAGAGAGAGAAAGAGAGAGAAAGAGAGAGAAAGAAGGCCAAAAGGAUGACAAAAGUAACACUGUCAUUUUUCAUUAACAGAGAGGCCGUGAUGGAGCGUUUUCGCGGCAGUUACUAAUAAUAAAAACAGGGAGAGAGAAAAAGAGAGGUGGAGAGAGAGAGAGAAAGAAAGGGAGUAAAAGAGGAGUGCUCCGCCCCCACCCUGCAGUUAACAUGAUACAGUGCGGCUGGGGAGCUUUUUUCUCAGCUUUUCUCAGUUUUCAGCUCUCUGUCUGUCUCCUCUCUCUCGCUCUCCUUCUUCUCUCUGUCUGUCUCUUCCUCUCUCCUCCUUCUAUCUCUCUCUCCUCUCUCUCCUCCUCUCUCUCAUCAUUCUCUCUCUCUCUCUCCUCUCUGCUCCUCUCUCUCCCCACUCUCGUCUCUUGAACCCUAGUCUCGGCCCGGCCUCUCUCGCCUCUCUAAAUCAUCUCUCUACGGGGGGUCUGCAUCCGAGUCUUCACCGUCUCGCCACCCCUUUUUCGUCUCACUCCCCGCCCUCUUUCCCCCCUCAUCUCGUCUCGACCCUUCAUCUCUAUCUCAUCCUUACCUUCUCAUCCACCGCGUCGUCUCAGUCUCUUCGUGCUACAUCUCUCAUCUUCUCCUCUCUCCGUUCCGUGCUGUUCCUUCUCUCUCUCCUUCCCUCUCUCUCAUCUCUCUUCCCGCCUUCUCUCUCUAUCACUCUCUCUCUCUUCUCCUCUCGCUUUCAUCUCCUCUUCUCUUCCUUCUCUCUUUCUCUGCUUUCUCUCUCUCUUUCUCUCUCUCUCUCUCUCCUUCUCUUCUCUCUUCAUCUCGUCUUCUCCUCUUUUCUCUCUUUCUGCUUUCCUUUAAAUGGUGAUGACCAUGAUAUGUGUUUGUUGGUUUGUUAAGUCUUUAUCUUGUUUAUCGCUUAAUUAAUCAGGUUCUUGUUCUGUGAAUGUUUUGAGUAACAAGACCAGUUGCUUUUGGGGCGGAAUAAUUUUGGGGCAGAAUUUGAGACUAAGUGGUAGUUUAGGACAUAAUACCAUCCCAAUAGUUUAUAAAUGUUCAUGUAAAAUUCAUGGCAGAAAAAAUUAUUUACUAUACUUUAUCCGUUUUUCAGUUAGGAUUGAUGCUGUGUCCAUACCUCUCCUCACCAUUGCUGUCAAAGUAACACAAACGUCCCAGCCAGACCAGUAUUCCAAAUCACGGCUCAAAACGUUCUGCCCUGAUGGAUAUUUACUCUUCACGUCCAACAAAUCUCCCAUGAACCUCUCUGCUCUCAGUGCUCUGUCCGGUGCCCCUGGUCUGAAUCUAAUAAAGAGCUCUUCCCUGCGUUGAAAUCUUGUUGGAGCCGUAGCAGAAUUCCCAGAGCUCAAAUCCCUGUGUAAUGCCUGGACGGGCUCUCACUGGCAACCAGCACAAGCAUUUCCUGCUGGGCUCUAGGGGCUGGCACUGAGAUGGAAGAGACGGGAGCCCCGCUCCCCUGCCUGCCUGGCUCUCUACUUUUAAUUAAACCUAAAUCUGGAGAGGAGAGAGGAAGGAGAGAGGGAGGAGAGAGAGAGCAGAAGAGAAGGAGUAGCAUAGCAUAGAGGAGAGGUUACCUCCAUUAACCAUCCAACCACACCAUAUCAAAUCAAAUCAAAUUUUAUUUGUCACAUACACGUGUUUAGCAGAUGUUAUUGCAGGUGUAGCGAAAUGCUUGUGCUUCUAGCUCCGACAAUGCAGUAAUAUCAAACAAGUAAUAUCUAACAAUUUCACAACAUAUACCCAAUACACACAAAUCUAGAAAGGAAUGGAAUUUAAAUAUAUAUACAUAUAUGGACAAGCAAUGACAGAGCGGCAUGGACUAAGAUACAGUAUAAUAUUAUAGAAUAUAAUACAGUAUAUACAUAUGAGAUGAGUAGUGCAAGAUAUGUAAACAUUAAUAAAGUGACUAGUGUUCAAUUUCUUAAAGUGGCCAGUGAUUUCAAUAGGCAGCAGCAGCCUCUAAUGUGCUAGUGAUGGCUAUUUAACAGUCUGAUGGCCUUGAGAUAGAAGCUGUUUUUCAUUCACUCGGUCCCAGCUUUGAUGCCCCUGUACUGACCUUGCCUUCUGGAUGAUAGCAGGGUGAACAGGCACUGUCUCGGGUGGUUGAUGUCCUUGAUGAUCUUUUUGGCCUUCCUGUGACAUCGGGUGCUGUAGGUGUCUUGGAGGGCGGGUAGUUUACCCCCGGUAAUGCGUUCGGCAGACCGCACCACCCUCUGGAGAGCCCUGCGGUUGCAGGCGGUGCAGUUGCCGUACCAGGCGGUGAUACAGCCCGACAGGAUGCUCUCAAUUGUGCAUCUGUAAAAGCUUGUGAGGGUUUUAGGUGCCAAGUCAAAUUUCUUCAGCCUCCUGAGGUUGAAGAGGCUCUGUUGCGCCUUCUUCUCUCUCUGUCUCUCUCCCUCUUUCCUCCUUUCCUCUUGCCUCACUGAGAGACAUGCAGUGGACUUGGUAUGGGUAAUACUAUCACUAGAAUAUAACUUUAUUUGCCUCAGUUUUUAGGUGAGCAUUUGGGUCUAUGAGACACGAGCACAGACUCAGACAGACCCCUAUUUAAAGCUCUGUCCCACCUUCUGUCUGACUUCAUGAGUAGAAGUCCCUUAGGCAAAGAGCUCAAGGGAGUGGAGUUUAACCCUUUCUGUCUGUAGCCAUCUGCGUUGGAAACAUUGUUAUAGAGAAAAAGCAACGCGUGAAAUCAGAGGUCCUAGACACAGCAGACAGAUGCAUGUGUGUGUGUGUAUAUGUUUGUGUGUGUGUGUGUGUGUGUGUGACGAGUGCAUUGCAGGCACGUAAUGGCGGACAAUGGGUGGCUGUCACGCUAGUUUGAGGACCCUAAUCAUUAUUUAAUAGACAGCUAGCCUCCCCCAUACACUGCUUUAGUCCUUCAGUCUCUCAGCUUCAAGCCUUCAUUCACCACUCUUCUGCCGAAUUAGGCCUUAAAAGCCCUCUCUGUCUCUCUGUCUGUCUGUCUCUAUAUCCCUCUGUCCCUCCGUCCCUCUGUCUGUCUGUCUCUAUAUCCCUCUGUCCCUCCGUCCUUCUGUCUGUGUCUCUAUAUCCCUCUGUCCCUCCGUCUCUCUGUCUGUCUCUAUGUCCCUCUGUCCCUCUGUCUGUCUGUCUCUAUUUCCCUCUGUCCCUCCGUCCCUCUGUCUGUCUGUCUCUAUGUCCCUCUGUCUGUCUGUCUGUCUGUCUGUCUGUCUGUCUGUCUGUCUGUCUGUCUGUCUGUCUGUCUGUCUGUCUGUCUGUCUGUCUGUCUGUCUGUCUGUCUGUCUGUCUGUCUGUCUGUCUGUCUGUCUGUCUGUCUGUCUGUCUCUAUGUCCCUCUGUCUGUCUGUCUCUAUGUCCCUCUGUCCCUCUGUCUGUCUGUCUCUAGAUUAUUCUGUCCCUCUGUCUGUCUGUCUAUAUGUCUGUCUGUCUGUCUGUCUGUCUGUCUGUCUGUCUCUAUGUCCUUAUGUCUGUCUGUCCCUCUGUCUGUCUGUCUCUAUAUCCCUCUGUCUGUCUGUCUGUCUUUCUCAAUAUUCUUCUGUCCCUCUGUCUCUCUCUCUAUAUAUCCCUCUGUCCCUCUGUCCUUCUGUCCCUUCUGUCCCUCUAUCCCGCUGUCCAGCAGCCCUCAACUGAGCAAACAGAUAAAAGACACAAUCUGGGAUUCAUUUUUCAUCCAAAAUGCCGAUAUCCUACUAUGCCCUACAGGGAUACGACUCCUUUAAUCCAUGUUUAAACAGACUACUGGUCUCUCUGGGCUCUCUUUUGAUCACCUUAGAAUCCACUGGGGCCUGUGGGGAGUUAAGAAGGAGGUGUUGAUGAUCUAUUUAAAGUGAUCCCACCCUGUGAAAGCCCUAAGGUCCCAUCAUAGUGGGGGAGAACUAGAUAUAUUAUUCCCUGACCGCAGGAGCUGUUCAAGUCAAACUCUGGGCCCUAGUCAUUACAUUACAUUGCAGGAUUUAUCCCAAAUCUUUGACACCUGUUGCUUCUGUGUGUCUCUCUAAUAAAGGUCCAAGCCUUUACUUUAGCUUCCAAGUCUUAGAAAUACAUUUUGUUGCUCCCUUCUUCAAAAUAACAGCUUUCCUGUUUUGUUUUUCCAACCGGCCAAUCAGAAUAACCAUUAUCUGUUAUGUGUUUGCAGCUAGCCACUCAGACGAGGGUUCGGAUGUGGACUCCGAGCCGGGCCUGCCACUAAAGAGGAAACAGCGUCGCAGUAGGACCACCUUCUCAGCCGAGCAGCUGGAGGAGCUGGAGAGAGCCUUUGAACGAACACACUACCCUGAUAUAUACACCAGAGAAGAGCUUGCUCAGAGGGCCAAACUCACAGAAGCCAGAGUUCAGGUUAGUGAAGACCAAUACACACACACAGGCAAGAACGCAGACAUACACACACAAGUACACAAACAUGGGCAAGCACAUACACACACAUGGACAGGCAGGCAUGCAUACAUGCUCAGACACACACACACACACACACAAACACACACCAGUUGUACUGCGAUGUCUUUAACCCCUGCUGCCCCAUACACACACACACACACAUUCUGGAGGUCUUUGUCCACAGUCCCAGGGGCCCAAUCUGGUCUGUGACUGCUCUGUGAUCUGCUGGGCUGGAGAUUCCUGGGGAUAUGUGCGAUAUGGGUGUUAAACUGGCCUGGCAUGGUGCCAUUCACUCCCUCCAGACAUCAGUCACAUGAGUCAGCUGUACACACACACACAGGCCCCACUGUGUUCUCAGUUAUGAAAGUUUCCUGUUUUGACAUCUUCUCUAAAAAUAUAUCUAUAAAAAGCAACUCAAAAAUAAUCCAGAAUUAGAGAGUCUUUAUUAAGCCAUUAAAGUGAUUUAAUUGGUUUAUGGGUUUGAUUCCGAGCCUUUGUCAGGGUUCCUCAAUAGGAGGCCCGCAGGCUGGUGAUUUUUAUCUGGGCCUCCAAGUGUUCGGAGCAAAAACAUUAAUAUAAAGAAUAUAUACAGUGCAUUCGGAAAGUAUUUAGACCCCUUGACUUUUCCCACAUUUUGUUAUGUUACAGCCUUAUUCUAAAAUUUAUUAAAUAAAUGUUUUACCUCAUCAAUCUACACACAAUACCCCAUAAUGGCAAAGCAAAAAUAGUUUUUUUGAUUUGUUUGCAAAUGUAUUAAAAAUUAAACAUAUUGCGAAGAGACAGAAUCAUUAGAUCAUUUGUUUUGGUACUGUCCAUUUGUAGCUUGUUUUUGGACACAGGUCCAGGAAUAGCUAAAGGAUUGCAAUAUUUACCUGGAGCUAACCCUGCAGAUAGCACUACUGGGUGAUCUGAAAAGUCAUAGUCAAUCGAUCAAUAACAUAAUAAUACUAUUAGCAAAAAUGUUUAUUUUCAAUUCACAAUCUGUAGAAACAAUGAGAAUAGAAAGGUUCAGAACUUUUGUAAGACAUCACAGUACAGUUGAAAUAUAUAUGGCAAAUAGAAAUCCUAUAUGGAUGGUGUUAAAAGAUAGAUGGGAGGUGUUGAAUGGAAUUGAAGUGCAUAUCAGAGCAAAAACCAAGCCAUAAGGUCGAAGGAAUUGUCCGUAGAGCUCCGAGACAGGAUUGUGUUGAGGCACAGAUCUGUUGAAGGGUACCAAAACAUUUCUGCAGCAUUAAAGGUCCCCAAGAACACAGUGGCCUGCAUCAUUCUUAAAUAUAAGAAGUUUGGAAGCACCAAGAUUCUGCAAAACUGAGCAAUUGGUGGAGAAGGGCCUUGGUCAGGGAGGUGACCAAGGACCCAAUGGUCACUCUGAAAGAGCUCCAGAGUUCCUCUGUGGAGAUGGGAGAACCUCCCAGAAGGACAACCAUCUCUGCAGCACUCCACCAAUCAGGCCUUUAUGGUAGAGUGACCAGACGGAAGCCACUCCUCAGUAAAAGGCACAUGACAGCCCGCUUGGAGUUUGCCAAAAGGCACCUAAAUGACUCAGACCAUGAGAAACAAGAGUCUCUAGUCUGAUAAAACCAACAUUGAACUCCUUAGCCUGAAUGCCAAGCGUCUGGAGGAAACCUGACACAAUCCCUACAGUGAAGCAUGGUGGUGGCAGCAUCAUGUUGUGGGGAUGUUUUUCAGCGGCAGGGACUGGGAGACUAGUCAGGAUUGAUGGAAAGAUGAACGGAGCAAAGUACAGAGAGGUCCUUGAGGAAAACCUGCUCCAGAGCGCUCAGGACCUCAGACUGGGGCAAAGGUUCAACUUCCAACAGGACAACGACCCUAAGCACACAGCCAAGACAAUGCAGGAAUGGCUUCGGGACAAGUCUCUGAAUGUCCUUGAGUGGCCCAGCCAGAGCCUGGACUUGAACCCGAGACCUGAAAAUAGCUGUGCAGCGACACUCCCCAUCCAAGAUGUCUGCCAAGCUUGUAGCGUCAUACCCAAGAAGACUCUAGGCUGUAAUCGCUGCCAAAGGUGCUUCAACACAUUACUGAGUAAAGGGUCUGAAUACUUAUGUAAAUUUUAAUAAGUAACAAAAUGUGGAAAAAGUCAAGGGGUCUGAAUACUUUCCGAAAGCACUGUAUAUAUAUAUAUAUAUAUAUAUAUAUAUUUUUUUUUUUAUUCGAUGUUGGACAUAAAAGACUGUAAAAUCCCCAGGAAAUCAGCUCAAAGUGAUUUUAAUUUAGGAAAUCUGUUCCCAAAUAUUCCCACGCAUAAAUAGAGAGUCAUACUGUAUGUCAUCGUACCCAAGUGUGAUCAAGAUUUUAAAUAAUUAUGUUUUUGUCAAAUACUGUUUGGUAUUCUUGAGGUCAAUUUGACGUGUACAAAUUAUUUAUAACUAUGUUCCAGCCCCCCGACCAUCCACUCAAGGACAAAUCGGCCCAUGGCUGAAUGUAAUUGGGGACCCCUGUCUAUGUAAACCCUGUGACUGACUUAGACGAAGACGUAACGUCACUGUGGUUUCAAAGUGCUCCAGAUGUUCAGAUCUCUAUCUGUCUGUUCUGCUUGAGGCUACAGCGCAGAUACACACAUACUGUUAGUGCUCACACACAAACAAUGAAUACUCUCACACACUUUAAGCAUGCCUAUUUACACAUGCACGCACACACACCCACAAACACACAGGCUUGCACGCACACACACUGACACAGACACAGACACACACACACACAGUAUGUACUAUUUUUCAAAAGAAUAGAUUCUCACAUGUCAUCUAUUUUAUUUUAUCAGGUGUGGUUCAGCAACAGGAGAGCCAGGUGGAGGAAACAGGCAGGAGCCAAUCAGCUAAUGGCAUUUAAUCACCUGAUCCCUGGCGGUUUCCCGCCUUCGGCCAUGUCGAGCUUGCAGCCCUAUCAGCUGUCAGACACCCCCUACCCUCCGACCUCCAUCUCACAAAGUGAGCACACAUUCACCUUCUUCUUCUCUCUAUGAUCUUGUUCUAUAUCAACAAAGCUCAUCUACAAACGUGAUGUAUUUGACUGAAGAUCAAUAGCCUAGCCCUAAUCCAUUCUCUCUCUCUCUCUCUCUCUCUCUCUCUCUCUCUCUCUCUCUCUCUCUCUCUCUCUCUCUCUCUCUCUCUCUCUCUCUCUCUCUCUCUCUCUCUCUCUCUCUCUCUCUCUCUCUCUCUCUCAAUCACUCUCUCCCAGCAGUGUCAGAGCAGCACAGUACGGUCCACAGGCCUCAGCCUCUCCCUCCUACCUCAGUGCACCAGGGUGGGCUUGGCUCCUCAGCGGGGGCCCAGGAAGGGAGUUCGGCCUACUGCCUGUCCUCCGGACGCCACGGCUUCUCAGGCUACUCAGACAGCUUUGUGCCCCCGCCUGGCCACUCCAACCCAGUCAACCCCAGCAUCAGCAACGGCCUCUCACCACAGGUCAGUCAUUCACUGUCAUGACUGUAGCUGGCAACACAAACAGAAGUGCUUGCCUGUGUUCCGCUCUGCAACAUGUAGAUUCCGUGGUUUCAAUUAGACAUUUAGUAUAGGUUUUAUACCAUCGGAAUGGAAAAACCUUGUUUCGGGGGUUCGUUCUAGAUAACUUUCAGUAGGUGUAUUAGCUCAGUGACUGAGUGGAUUUGAUAUCCAUUUGUCAGAUGCAUUCAAUGGGGAUGACUUGUGUUAUGGAAAUGUUUAAUGAAGAGAGAGAAGGAGACAGUAGAAGAUGGAGGGAGUGUGAGAGAGGACGAUAGUGAGAGGAAGAGUGGCAGAUGGAAGAUGACACAAAUGAAAACGGAAAAUACAAUUAUGGCCGAUUACACAGUCAUCAGAGUCCAUAGCGGGUUCCGUACGCGGUGAGGGGGCCGUCGUAAUAGGCGGAAAACUAGCUUUUAACCGCCACAAAGGGUGGCCCGGCCCCACGCAAUGCAUGCUGGGUCCUCGCCCCAUGAGAGAGAGAGAUUCUCAGGCCUCCGUCAGUGUCCUGCUUAGUGGAGAUAAAAAAAAAACGCUUCAUGCACAUCUUCCUCUAUUUUUGUGACAAGGGGAACCAUGAGGGUGUGUGUGUGUCUGCUUGUCAUUUUCAUCAGCAAUGACAGUAGGACAACACAACCUGGUGAUCCGUGAAACCAUUUGGGAAAUGGACGAUAAUUGACUACUUAAACUGAGAACAGCAGUAAAACAAACAUUGGUUCCUCCACAAUAUGGUGCUAACUAGCCACAAGCCACCACUUGAGUAGAGUAGACUUCAUGCACACAAAGGGUCAGUAGAUGCCUUCUUCUCUCCUAGGAGGACAAAUCCAUUAGAUGACUUUUACUCUGCUUGGAGGCCAAAGGUGCUUCUCUCUCGUAGCUGUUUUCACCGUUAGCCUCCCUGAAAGGGUCUUUCCUUUAGAGAGUGGCUAUCUUAGCUUGCAUAGGGAGGCACACACGCACACGUGCACAUGCACGAUCAAACGCACACGUCUGGAAUGUAUGUGUCUGUCUGGAAUAGCAAUUAUGAAACGUUCCAGUGUGCUAAUUGAUUGGAAUGAAGGAAUCUAUCCCUUAGUAAUGCGGUGUGUAAUUUAUGCAAAUGACUCACUUUGUUGACUAAUUUGUUUUAAUUCAUGUAUUCAUCUGCACUUUAAAAAAAAUACAUAUUGGAAUAUGCUCAUUUGCAUUUCAGACUGGAUGGUAUUAAUGUGAGUACUUUGAAAUAAUAAAAGAGAUGGAAUACGAAUGAAUUAAUCUGAUGACAUUUGUAGUGAAUUGGAUGAAAACCUCUAAAACUUUACAAUUAGACAUACCAAAUAAACGCACACACAAAGCUAUAUAAACUCUGCAAUCUCUACACAGCAAAGCCUCGAUACUGUGGAUUCCCACUGGGCACAGACGUCAGUUCAACGUCUAGUUUUGAUUUACAUUUGGUUGGGUUGUCAACUAACAUGAAUUCAAUGGGAAAUCAACCCAAAAUUGGUUGGGUAAAAAAUAAAACAUUCCCUUACAUUGAUGACUUUAAAAAAAUCCAAUCAGUUUUCCAUGUUGAUUCAACAUAAUCACAUUGAAUUUUGGGGUUGAUAUGAUGUGAAAACAAUGUUGAUUCAACCAGUUUUUAGCCCAGUGGGUUGUUACAGUAUAUUGUUAUUUUGGUCUGUCUGAUCGUUAAACAGUGCUGAAUGGUACUUCUUGGUGGUUUUGGAAGUUAUUUGAGGUUUUAGUCCGUGAAAAAACAGUUCCUGUGGUGUUUUUUUCUAGCUCUGUGAAUGGUCAUGCUUUGGUUGUAUGGUGUAGAAUACAUCGCCCUAUGCUAUGAGUAGUUCGGCCUAUGCUCAGAGUGGUAGUGCUUCGUUUGGUAGUAAAACGUAAAACAUGAAGGUUUAGGGGACCAGUCUAGCCUGCCCCAGUGUACUGUGGGAUAGCUCCCUGUGGUGUGGGGUCUCAGACGUCUGGCUAGCUGAUCCGGUGCAUACCAGAGGAAUCCGUUCUCACCAGUGCAGCAAGCGGCCAGGCUUUGCACCCCGAUGAGGCUUAAUCCCCGGAACCACCGAGAAACAGAGACACCCCCGGGAACUGCCGGGGCUUCAAUCACAGAGCAGAGGGGCUGGAGGAAUACACACACUGGCUUAGACACACAUACAGUGAGCUCCAAAAGUGUUGGGACAGUGACACAUUUGUUGUUGUUUUGCCUCUGUACUCCAGUACUUUCUAUUUGAAACGAUACAAUGACUAUAAGGUUAAAGUGCAGACUGUCAGCUUUAAUUUGAAGGUAUUUUCAUCAAUAUCGGGUGAACACUUCUACAAACGUGAAUAAUUGAUUAGUGAGAAAGUUACAGACGCACAAUGAUCAUUAUUCACAAUUGAUUCAGGAUUAUCCAUAAUCAUGGUAGCAUCCUCAUUCAUGUAGAGGUGUUUAGAAACAUAUUAUAUUAUACUUAUUUACAAUAAAAGUGACUCCAAAAUGACACAAUACAUUAUUUACCAUUCAUUUAUAUUGGGCACAAAAUAAUCUGAAAUACAACCAAAACAAACAGCAAAUGCAUCCAACAAAUGUGUAGAGUCACAGGCUUGAUGUAGUCAUUGUGGCUAUGAAUAUGGGACCAAAUACUUAACUUUUUACUACUUUAAUACACAUAUAAGCAAAUUUAUCCCAACGCUUUUGAUCCCCUAAAAUGGGGGGGGCGAUGUACAAAAAGUGUUGCUAUUUCUAAAUGGUUCACCCGAUAUGGAUGAAAAUACCCUCAAAUUAAAGCUGACAGUCUGUACUUUAACCUCAUAGUCAUUGUAUUAUUUUUAAAGUGCUGGAGUACAGAGCCAAAACAGCAAAAAAUGUGUCACUUUCCCAAUACCUUUGGAGCUCACAGUAUAUGCACAUAUGUGAACGCACAGGCAAACACAGGCUGAGACACAUAUAUGUAUGCGCAUUAGGGCUGUCCCGAAAUAAAAAAAUAUUGGUAGAUGAGAGUCGUCUAAUCGAUUUGUCACAUUUUAAUGUGUAUUUUUCCAUAUAUGAAUAAAAUAAACUAUAUGUAGGCUACUGAGCUUGUCUGAUGCUUUAAGCACUGCGAUUAAAAAUUAAGACAAAUUACUAAAGAGGGAGCCAGAGAUCAAUAUAGCUUAACCAGAAGAAAAUAAACCUGCUCCCGACCCUCAUCCUCCUGCUGCCCGCUGCUGAAGUUGCCCAUAACAGGUACACCAGCAGUCGGAAACCUUUUCCAUUUGGAGUGCCAAGUUAUCGUACCAUUUCUACUGAUCUGCGUGCCAGUUAUGAUUUUCAAAUGCACAUUUUCAUGGAACAGUUUCAUUUAAUUUAUAAUAAAGUCUUCAUAUCUCAAAAUCAAUAAAAAUUAUAUCUAAAUGAAAAUGAUGCAAAUCUAAAAGUAACUUCUAUUGCCAUUGCCAAUAUGUAAAAAUAACCUACAUAAAGCUAACAAAUAAAAACAUUGAUAAAAAUAAAUAUCCUAUGAAUCACAUUGGCUAUGCAUGGCCUGUCUGCAAGGAACUUGAAACAUUGUAUCAACUAUUAACGAAGAUCGUGCUAGCAAAUUUGCAACAUUGUAUAAAAUAUUCUGGGCCCUCAGAGUUUCCCCAUGCCAGUGAGCUCCAGACAGACAGACACAGAUGUAGGCUAUUUGCGCAAGGGAUAAUAAGUAAUCAGGUAGGCCAAUUUUAUUAAGUUUUCACUGGAUCAGAGCAUGACAUUUCUUUCCCCUUUCAUGUUGAGUGGUUAUCGAAAGGUUUUUCAAAUAGGCUACGUUGAGGAACUAUUGUCAUUCUCAAUGGAUGUAUAAACAUACUUUGUUUACUUGCUGUUUAAGGCGAAGAAAACAGUACUUUGAGAAGCUACACAGUGAUGGUGAGUUAAGCCAAUCAGAAAUAGUAUCAGAUCCCCAAAUGGGCACAUUUAUAGGCCUACAUUUGCACGCAGGCCAGGUAGCCUAGGCCUACUUAUAUGCGUAAUCAGCUGUGUGUCCUUACUCAACAUUGACAGGAGCGCUCUAAACAAAAUACAAUGAAUAAAUUGACAACUCGUAAGUGGAAUGAAAUAAACCAAAACUUGUAGCCUAGGUUGUGCGCUCUGCAAACAACGUGUCCACUCCUACAAUGACAACAGUAAGACUGUAAUAAUAAUAUAUUGAAUGCAUUAACAGAAAUUACCGUAACCAAACAAACAUUGUAGAUUAGAAAUGAUGGUAGUUAUCAGUAAAUGUACUAGUGGUGAUACUGGUGUGCCUCCAUAAUGGAUUAGUCCACUCAGACAGGCGUGAAUCAGGUGUCUCGUGUGCCAUCAUUUUUGUAUAUAUAUAUUUGCCACUGCUCGACUAAAAAUAUCUCUGUCGAAAAACAGUCUAUCGACCAAACAAUCGACCAGUCGACUAAAUGGGGUCAGCCCUAGUUCGCAUACACAAACAGUCUCAGACACACACAUGCACGCACGCACACAACAUCCACACAGGUUUUAUUUUUGAUCAGAUAACCUUAUCAAUGGGAUUGUACACAGUUUUCUUUCCUCUAAUCCUUCAUCUGAUCUCAACUCUGAGGAAAUAUGGGUUAAAUCUUAUUAUCUUUCCUCUAAUCCUUCAUCUGAUCUCAACUCUGAAGGAAAUAUGGGUUAAAUGCUCUCGCCAUGACAGUAGUACAAUAUCCACAUGUAAUAAUGAUCUGUACGUAUUGUUACCUAUGCUUUUCCCUGUGAACAUGCUAACAUUUUGCUUUUCCCUUCCCAAAAAAAUCAUUUAAAUACAUUUCUCCACCCUCAACCCACACAUGUAUACUCAAACAUACACACAUGCAUGGGCAUGCACAGGCACACACACAUACACAAACAAACACACACACACACACACACGCUGUAAGAUGAAUGGGGUGUGUUGACCUCCAUGUGUUUCCCAUUUGUAGUCAGUCACACAUCAGCAUGUUCCUAAGACGUGUUAGGUUAGAUUCCUCUGAGAGCGCUCCUGUAAAUUACAUACUCUCAGACAGAAAGUGUGUGUGUUUGGCUGUCUGAGCGUGUGUGUGUGUGUGCGUGUGUGUGUGUCUGUGUGUCUGUGUGUGUGUGGCUGCCAGGUGGGGAAGCAACACCAUUAUCCUUCAAUUAUUCACCAUUAGUUCAGCAUUCUGACAUUUUCUCUGCUUCUUUUUAAAGUGUCUCUUUCGGUUUAUUUCUCACAGUAUUGUCUCUCUUUCGCUCUCUCUCUCUCUCUCUGUCUAUAUGUCACUCUUCCAUUCUCUUCUGUCUCCCUUUGUCACUCUCAUGCCUGUCUAUCUCUACUCUUUUCUCUCUCUCUCUCUCUCUCUCUCUCUCUCUCUCUCUCUGUCUCUCUCUCUUUCUCUCCUUUCUCCCUCCCCCUCUUUUUCUUGCUGUACGUUUCUAACGGUCAUUAACUCCACCUAUUUCCUCCUCGUUUUGACGAUAUCUCUUCUCACGCAAAUUCUCAUGCAGCUGUUCAUGAUGUAUCACCAAGGAGACCUCUUAACCCCUAACAUCAGGAACAGAAAGUGCUUAACACACACACACACACACACACACAGAGACACACACACUUAUUGGAAAUGUGUUAAAGAAUUAUACUCCUUGUUCCCACGUACCCUGUGGCCUCUCCAUGUUGGCCCCAUAAGGAUACAGUGAAUUUGGGCAUCAAAUGAGAAAUCUGGAGAGAGGAAGGGAAGGAGGGAGAAGACAGAGCGGGGUGGGGGUGGGGUGGAAGGGAGAGAGGGAGAGAGAGAGAGAGAGAAAAAGAGGGAUAGGUUAUUCACGUCUGUUUUUCUCCUUUACUAUACUGUCCAAACACAUAAACGGUCAUUCAUAAACUUUAUCAUACUGUUAAACACACCACCUGCUUUAUCUAGUAGACACUGAUGACAAAAUGAAUCAAAAAGUAAUUUACCAUAGGUUUUGUAUUGUCAAUGUCUUUUUAAUAUGUUUAUGUCAUUUAACGUGUCAUGAACAAUUAAACAAGUGGUACUGUAAAUGUAUCAUAGUAAUUAACCUCCACCAACAACCUUUUCGAUUCCAUUCCAUAGGAUACAGUAAAAAUUAAACAGAGUAAUUCUGAAAAUGCUAGCUAGCAGUGUAGAGGACCAGAAUUGUGCGGUCCCUAACCGACGAGGGCUCCCCUGUCCGUCCGUCACUUAGGAAAUGAUGUAACAGGAACCAUGUGUCUGGGUGAACACAGUAUAAUGUGUCUCAUAUGGUCACAACCAGGAGAGGAGAGGAGAGGAGAGGAGAGGAGAGGAGAGGAGAGGAGAGGAGAGGAGAGGAGAGGAGAGGAGAGGAGAGGAGAGGAGAGGAGAGGAGAGGAGAGGAGAGGAGAGGAGAGGAGAAAUUAUUCUAAAAACGAUAUAUAAUAUAACAGAACCAAGUUACAUAGUCAUGAUAAGUAAGAAUCAAUAGGGUUAAAGUACAGUUUUGUCUGUCAACGAAGUGUAGGUAACUUAAAGGCUCAUAAAGGCAUUGCGGGAUUUUUGUAUAGUUUCAGUUUUUUUUAUGGAUAGUCGGAUGUACUGUAUGUUUCCUUGUGUUACAUACAGGACUGAAGGUAUUUUCUAACAGCCUUCAAAGAAUGUCAGAAAUGUAAUAUGUCCUCACAAAUAUAUUCCUGGAAAAUCCUCGAGACUGAGUUGGAAGACAUUUUCUCUGAUGCGAACUGACAGAAUCCUUUUAGGCCCGGUGGGGGUUAGUAACACAACUUUACUGCUGUAGUAAAUUCACCAGUCAAUCCCUGUUCUUCUUCCUCCACCGUCCUCUUUGACACAGUCAGCAUCCCUAAUCUGUACUGUGUGACUCUGUACAUACCCCAACUCGUGAUAUGAGCGCUCAAAUUUAACUUUCAUGCAUAUGUCGUAUUGACAUCAAUGCAUGAGCUAUACAAAAGUAUGUGUUAUGUGUGUAAAAUAAUGUUGCGUGAGCAAAAGUAUGUGUUACGUGUGCAAAAUAUACAGUACAUGUUAUGUGUACCUUUGUCUUCAUGGAUUAAGCCAUGUAAGGGCUGUACUUAUCUAUUCAUUUGUUUGUGAACAAAUGAGACUUGCGUAACCUGUAAGAGAAGAAGUAUUCUAUUCUGUUCUAUUUUAUUAUUCAAGCCUACCACAUUCUACUCUAUCCCACCACAAUCCAUUCCAUUCUAACCUCUCUCCUUGCCUCUGUCUCUCCAGGUGAUGGGGCUGUUGAACCCAGGAGGAGUGCCCCACCAGCCCAGCCACCAAAGUGACUUUGCCCUCUCUCCCCUGACCGGUGGGAUGGAGCCCGGGGGUGGCAUGGCAGCCAGCUGCCACGGCUCCCAGCGGGGCCUGGAGGGUCUGCCAGGCCUGACCAGCAUGCCCACCCUGCCCAACUCCCAGUCCUACUGCCCGCCCACCUACAGCUCGCCAGCCUACGCUAUGGACCACCACCCCUCCUACCAGUACGGACAGUAUGGACAGAGCAAG